GGUAUUUUCCAAGGAGAUAGCUUGAGUCCGAUAUGGUUUUGUCUGGCGCUAAAUCCACUUUCUUCGAUACUAAAUGCGUCAAACUAAUGAAUACGCUACUGGAACAAACAGAAGAUUUUUCAAAUGAUAUAAAAAUGUCGUUUGGAGUAGAAAAAUGUCGAAGAUUAAGUGUGGAAAAUGGAAAACUUAUAAGGCGAGAAUUUGAAUUAAUGACUCAUGAAACUGUAGACUCGAUGACAGAAGACGACACAUAUAAAUACCUUGGUAUUUUACAGGCUAGGAGGAUGCAGCACAGUGAAAUAGUUUCAGCCAUAACUAGUGAAUACCUCCAAAGAGUAAAGAGCUUGCUGAAAUCAUGCUUGAAUGGGAAUAACCUUUUUAAAGCCAUUAAUGCAUUUGCGAUACCGGUUUUAACAUACACCUUUGGUGUAGUAAAAUGGUCCGAAACAGAACUGGAAAACGUCAAGAGAGCAACAAGGACAUUGUUGACAAAGUAUGGCACGCAUCACCCAAAAUCGGCAGUAGAACGUCUCUACUUGCCACGUCGACAGGGAGGUCGAGGGAUGGUAGACAUUAAGCAAUUACAUAAUAAGUGUAAACAAAGCCUUCGUUUAUACUUCCACAACCAAGAGAACAGCCUACUCCAAACCGUGUGCAAAGCCGAUUUAAAAUAUUCACCAUUAAAUCUUAGUGAAUUUUCUGCAAUCGAAUUAAUAUCAGGAACGCAACAUAUCCAGUCGCUCAUGCAAGACUGGAAAAUGAAAGCGGUUCAUGGCAGAUAUCCACAUGCUCUAGACGCUCCUGAAGUAGAUAACGCUGCUUCCAACGAAUGGUUAAUUCACUCCGGCAUCUACGCCGAAACUGAAGGUUUUAUGAUCGCUAUACAAGAUCAAGUUAUUGCGACUAGAAACUACUCGAAAUAUAUUAUGCGUGCUUCCGUUGAAAACGACCUAUGCAGACGAUGCCAAAAGCAAACAGAAACCAUCCACCACAUCACAGGAGCUUGUGUCACGUUAGCAGCCACCGAAUACUUAACCAGACAUAACCAGGUGGCAAAAAUUGUACACCAGAGUCUAGCGAUACAACAUAAGCUAGUAACGGAAGAGCUGCCGUACUUUAAAUAUACUCCAGACGCUGUAAUUGAAAACAGAACGAGCAAGCUAUAUUGGGACCGAUCAGUUUUGACGGACCGUCCAAUGCCACACAAUAGGCCGGACAUAAUAGUGGUCGAAAAAGAAGUGAAUCAAGCGUUCCUCAUAGAUAUAGGCGUACCAAAUACUCACAAUCUUCAAGAUUGUUAUAUGGAGAAAUACAGAAAAUACCAGAGCUUAGCAUACGAGAUCAAGGAUUUGUGGAAAUUAGAAAAAGUAGAGGUGAUUCCAGUUAUAAUUUCGACAACAGGAGUUAUUCCAAAAUCAUUGAACACUAGCCUGGAAAAACUCAACAUGGUAGAAAAGCGAAGGGCCAUACAAAAAUCUGUGAUAUUAUCUACAUCAUCGAUAGUUCGUAAAUUUCUGAAUAUAAAUUAGCAUUAAGAAACAGAAAAGCUUGCAACUGUGUAGUAUUGUCAAUAUCCGUUUGUAACCAAUCUGAAGAUUAUAUUUCUCUUAUACUACUUUAUAAUCAAUAGUGUUAAGUAUUUUGUUGUAUACCAACCAAUACUUGAUGUGAACCCGUAACGGAGAAACAA